AUGUCGGGAUUCAUCGAGAAAAUCGGAGAGAAGCUCCACAUCGGCGAGCAUCAUCAUGAGGCGCACAAAGGCGAGCAUCAUCAUAAAGACGCGCACAAGGGCGAGCAUCACCAACACGCGCACAAAGGCGAGCAUCAUAAAGACACGCACAAAGGCGAGCAUCACCAACACGCGCACAAAGGCGAGCACAAGGUAGGCCUGGUCCACAAGAUCAAGGACAAGAUCCAUGGCGAUCAUCACCACCAUGACAAAGCCGACAAGAAGAAGAAGAAGAAGGACAAGAAAAAGGACGACGACGACCACCACCACCACGGUGGCCACAGUAGCAGCGGCAGCGGUAGCGACAGCGACUGAUC